AUGGUGCGGCUGGAAAGGGGCAGGGCCCGGCCCCUGCGCAGGUACUCACACUGCGGCUCCCCCCCAGGCAUCGACUUCAAAAUCAGAACCAUCGAGCUGGAGGGGAAGAGGAUCAAGCUGCAGAUCUGGGACACUGCCGGCCAGGAGCGGUUCCGAACGAUCACCACGGCCUACUACAGAGGAGCCAUGGGCAUCAUGUUAGUGUAUGACAUCACCAAUGAAAAAUCAUUUGAAAAUAUUCGGAAUUGGGUCCGGAAUAUCGAAGAGCAUGCAUCCCCAGAUGUUGAAAAGAUGAUUCUUGGAAACAAAUGUGAUGCAAAUGACAAAAGACAGGUUUCCAGAGAGCAAGGAGAGAAGCUUGCUGCCAGUUUUGGAAUUAAGUUCAUGGAAACCAGCGCAAAAGCAAAUAUUAAUAUAGAAAAUGCUUUUUUCACUCUUGCAAGAGAUAUCAAAGCAAAAAUGGACAAGAAAUUGGAAGGCAAUAGCCCACAAGGCAGCAACCAGGGAGUCAAAAUCACUCCAGACCAACAAAAGAAAAGCAGCUUUUUCCGAUGUGUUCUUCUGUGAGGGACACUGCCUUAAUUUGAGCAUCUGCUCAAUUGAACUGGACUGUGCCUGUUCUGAGUGAGAUUUCCUCUAUCUGUGGAUUUAACACCUUUCGACAUACCCUGUCACACUGUGACCAUCAAAAUAAGACCGAAACAAAUGUUUAUUUUAGUAAUUGUCUGAUUCUUCAAUUUUGGAGAUGAAACAAGCUUAUUUUUGUCACGUUGCCAUUUGGCAUCUACGCUGUUUAGUGGAGGGGGUACAGAUCAGAUGCGACCUGCGAUAGCACCUUUACUGACAGGCUUCAUUCUUUGGGAUGGGGUUUAUAUCUGUAAUGUCUAACAUAGAAAAUUAAGUUAUGAUCAAAAUAACUCUAAAUGGCUUUACACUGAAAUGCCAAUAUUAAUCAACUAAUUAUGUGUACAUGAUACAUGUGCAUAUAAAUGUCUGUAGAUACAUAUAGAACAAUCAUUUUGAAACAUCAAAUAAACGCACUUCUGUAACAUCAUGGGCGUACACGUUUCAAAAGCUAUGCAGGAGGUGUCUGCAUAUCCCUCAUUUGGCUGCCACAGAACAUCCUUUGUCUACCUAUCUCUAGUUCAGUUCCCAAGUCUACAAUUAAAAUAAAAUAUCUCUUCAAAAAGUUUUUGAAACCAAAGCAUGAUGUAAAUACUGUACAUCCUCAACAUGAGGCAUUUGGAGAGAAGCUUUAUUUUCCUGUGGUAGAUAUGACCACACAUAAUACAUUUGA